AUGAGACAAGUGGUGGUGCUGUUGUUGGCAGCAUGCGUGCUGAGCCAAGUGUUCGCCGCUCCGGCCGAGGAGAAACGCAUCCGUCGUAACAUGAUUCGCGGUCGUCCACGUGGCGGUAUGAAGAAGACUCCACCGAUGUCCGAAGUAUCCCAUAAGAUCAACUUCGACACUGUCGUCUCGGGAACCUUCACCCAAACACUCGACCACUUCGACUCGUCCGUCGGAAAGACAUUCAAACAGAGAUAUUGGCACAACAAUCAAUGGUACAAGGACGGUGGACCAGCAUUCCUUAUGUUGGGUGGAGAGGGACCGGAAUCCAGCUAUUGGGUCUCUUAUCCUGGACUCGAGAUGACCAACUUGGCCGCCAAACAGGGAGCCUGGGUGUUCGAUAUUGAGCAUCGAUUCUAUGGAGAGACGAAGCCGACCAGCGACAUGUCAGUGUCCAACCUGAAAUACCUCUCCUCCGCACAAGCCAUCGAAGACGCCGCCGCCUUCAUCAAGGCAAUGACCGCCCAAUACCCACAACUCGCCAACGCCCGAUGGGUCACAUUCGGAGGAUCCUACUCGGGAGCCCUCGCCGCGUGGACUCGUGCCAAACACCCGGAACUCGUCUACGCCGCCGUCGGAUCUAGUGGUCCAGUCCAAGCGGAAGUUGACUUCAAGGAGUACCUCGAAGUUGUGCAGAACUCAAUCUCCCGUAACUCCACUGACUGUGCUACUAGCGUCACCGCCGGCUUCAAUUUGGUCGCCUCUCUUUUGAAGACUACCGAUGGACGGAAACAGUUGAAGACCGCUUUCCAUUUGUGCCAAGACAUCCAACUCGACGACAAAUCCCUGAAAUACUUCUGGGAGACCGUCUACUCUCCAUACAUGGAAGUCGUUCAAUACUCGGGAGACGCCGCCGGCUCAUUCGCCACACAACUCACAAUCUCCCACGCCAUCUGCAGAUAUCACAACAACAAAGCGACGACAACAAUUCAGAAGAUGAAACAAGUCAACGACUACUUCAAUCUGGUCAACGAGUACUUCGGAUGCAACGAUAUCGACUACAACGGCUUCAUCUCGUUCAUGAAGGACACCUCGUUCGGCGAGGCUCAAUCCGACCGCGCGUGGGUCUGGCAGACGUGUACAGAGUUCGGAUACUAUCAGUCGACCGCCUCGGCCACCGCUGGACCGUGGUUUGGAGGUGUCGCCAAUCUGCCCGCUCAGUAUUAUAUCGAUGAGUGUACUGCCAUCUAUGGAGCCGCGUAUAACAGUCAGGAGGUGCAGACUUCUGUCGAUUACACGAAUCAGUACUACGGUGGACGUGAUAAGUUGAAUACCGCCCGUAUUUUGUUGCCGAAUGGAGAUAUCGAUCCGUGGCAUGCACUUGGAAAGUUGACGAGUGCUAAUUCGGAUAUUGUGCCAGUUGUUAUUAAUGGAACCGCCCAUUGCGCUGACAUGUACGGUGCCUCCUCCCUUGACAGUGUCUAUUUGACGAAUGCUCGUCAAAAGAUUUCCGACGUUUUGGAUGGAUGGUUGAAGGCGAAAUAA